CAACAACAACAGCAGCAGCAGCAGCAGCAGCAGGCUCCACUCUCCCCGGCACCGUUCGCCCUGACGGGCCAGACACAGGCACCGGCACCACCGGCAGGCGGCGCCACGACGGCGGUCACGGCCGCCGCAAACCCGUCGCCGCCACGGGACUACGCCCCAACCAUAAACGACAAGCUCACGAAGAUCCGGACGUCCUGGGACGCCAGCAACCCGCAGUGCACGAUGGUGACGCACUUCUACAACAAGGUCGACGCCUCCUUCACAAACUUCACCCGGCCGCCGAACGAGUCGCCCGAGGAGUGGGAGGCCGCCAUGAAGAACCGGCCCAAGGAGUACAACUCGAUCCCCGUCAAGGCCGCCGGCUUCUCGGACCUCUUUGAACGCGACCGUCUGCAGGACAACCACGUCAAGCAGACGAGGAUCCUGCUCAACCAGAUCAACGACAAGCUCACCUGUCUCAACGAGAAACACGAUCUCCACUCCAACACCAUGCUUCUCAAGUGCAAGAUGCGCCAAAAGAACCUCAAUGUCAAGCUCCUCAAGAUCGCCAUCAACUUGUCCAUCCUCAAGUACAAGGGCUACCCCUUGACCAACGACGAGGAGCUGCUCAUCGCCCGCUUCAACAGCCUCCUGGGCAAGCUCGACGACCCGGUCGGCUUGAACAGAGUCAACGAGCUCUGGGCACGUCUCUCCUCCCUCAAG